CCCCACUCACACGAGAAUUCACUAAUAUAAUAACAGCCUUGACAUACGGACUUCACGCCUGCGUUUUAGAGAGGAGGCGUCCCCUGUUUUCGUCAAGUUUUCAAGAUCCUUCAACGUAAUGUUACUGCGUCGGGUCCUCCUACUGCUGGUGUUGUGUUUUGCUGUGACCCCCUCGCUGGCAUUUGGAGACGAUGUUUCUUUUAAGACUGGCAAGUGUCCUAGAUUCCCUGAAGACACCAUCACGCCUUGCAUCGCCUACUGCAUUAAAGAUUCUGAUUGCAAGGAAGAUAUGAAAUGCUGCCCCGUCGGUUGCAUGCAAAAAUGUGUGAAACCAGUUUCUUUUAAGACUGGCAAGUGUCCUAGAUUCCCUGAAGACACCAUCACGCCUUGCAUCGCCUACUGCAUUAAAGAUUCUGAUUGCAAGGAAGAUAUGAAAUGCUGCCCCGUCGGUUGCAUGCAAAAAUGUGUGAAACCAGAGCCAUAGAAUGGAGAAGAAAUGAAAGAUCAACCUGGCGAGCAAAAGACUGAGGGACGAAUUUUGAUCUGCAGCUUGAAGACGAGAUAUCAAAUAUAUAGAUUAUGUUUCUUCAGAUGUGACGAUUAAUCAACACCGAGGAUAGUGCAACAGUACUCUUAGAAUAUGCCAUAUGAGUUUCUAGUUUUGCAAUGAUCAUAAUAAUUAAUGUGACUGACAAUGUUAACAGAGAUGGUGAUUAUGAUGAUGAUGAUGAUAAUUUUUUGCACAAAAAAAAAGCAAGAUACAUGUUGUCGUUGCCCAUGCAUUUUUUCUAUAAUAUCAAUGAAUUCUGAGUCAGAAUUGUAUAUAAGUGAUAGCAUGUUUAUUAAGAAUUUUUAGUGUCAGAUAAAAUAUGGUUUAUCAGAACUUCAGUUUAUUAGUCGCUAAUUACUCGUCCAAAGCAAAAUAUAAAAUUGUUCGUCCAGAUGGAAUUUAAAAGCAGACUACCAGUAUUUGCAUUCUGCUAUCAACAUUCAAAUUGUUAAUUUUAGUUAUAUGCUCAUGUUGCACCAAGAAUCAUCAGAUGAUUUUUUUUCUUAAUAUGUAAAGUAAGAAACAGUAUAUAAGGCAUUGCAGAGAAACUAAUACAAAUAAAGAAUUGUUAUUGAGUACCUCC